AACUGGGGGACCUCCAUAUUGUGGACUCACUAUUUCCCGGAAAAUUACAAUUCUCCACUAUUAUGUCUGACUGAUCGAUUGAUCAGUCCCUGUCACAUGACCUUGUCUGCUUGCUAACACCAUGGCUGCCGAGGAUCUGCCGUCUGAAUUUGACAUCGUCAUCCUGGGCACAGGUCUUGCUGAGUCGGUGGUAGCGGCUGCCUGUUCCAGAGUCGGACAGAGAGUUCUGCACCUCGACAGGCAGCGUUAUUACGCAGCGAACUGGGCCAGCUUCACCUUCAAUGGCCUUCUCACCUGGAUACAAGAACACCUUGAGGAGUCUCAGCCACAGGAGCUUCAGGAUUGGUCCAGCCUGUUGGAGGAAGGGGAGGAGCUAAUCUACCUGAAUGAUUCAGACUCCGCCUCUUUCAGGAACAUGAAGGUGUUCUGUUUCACCAGAGAGGAGGAUGAGGAGGAAGCUCAGAGGCCUGAUCCUCUGAACACCACAGAAGAAGAAAUUGCAGAGGCAGCUGAUGAAGAGGCUGCUAAAGAACCUUCAGAGACAGAAUCUGCAGAUGCCAAGGAAGAGGAACCUGAAGACAAAGCAGAACAAACAGCGGACGGAGAACAACAGGUGAACACAGCAGAAAGGAUCAAUAGAGAUUCAGAUUUGGUUGCUCAGACAAAAGGGGAGGAGCUAGAUGCAGACCAGCCACACCCCUCUGCUGCUCAGAGCAAAUCAGAGCCAAUCAGGAAGAAGAUCAACUACGCUCAGCUGGUGAAGGAAGGACGGAGGUUCAACAUCGACCUCAUUUCUAAGCUUAUGUAUUCUCGUGGCUCAUUGGUUGAUCUGCUCAUCAAAUCAAAUGUCAGUCGCUAUGCAGAGUUCAAGAACGUUACCAGGAUACUUACAUAUCGCCACGGCAGUGUGGAACAGGUGCCCUGCAGCAGAGCCGAUGUGUUUGCUAGUCGUCAGUUGUCAGUGGUAGAAAAGAGGAAGUUGAUGCGUUUCUUGACUUCCUGUGUGGAGGAGACGGAGGAGCAGCGAGCCUACAAUGGUCGGCCAUAUUUUGAGUUCUUGCGUGACCAGCAGAUUGGAGACAGCAUACAGCACUUCCUGAUUCACUCCAUUGCCAUGGUGACUGAGGAUGUACCCACAGAGGAGGGGCUCGCCUCAACACGUCACUUCCUACGCUGCCUGGGUCGCUAUGGCAACACUCCCUUCUUGUUUCCGGUCUAUGGCCUCGGAGAGAUACCACAGUGUUUCUGUAGGAUGUGCGCUGUGUUUGGAGGGAUCUACUGUCUGAGACACUCAGUCCACUGUCUGCUGGUCGACAAGGACACCAACAGGUGCAAGGCGGUGAUUGACAGCCGAGGACAAAGAAUCAGCUGCAGCCAUUUUGUGGUGGAGGAGGGCUACUUGAGGGCGGACAGGAAGAAGGUGGCCACACCCACCAGGUUCCUAAGCAGAGCCGUACUGAUAACCAAUGCCUCUGUUCUGCCCAGUGGCUCCGACCAACAGGUUUCCUUGAUAACAGUUCCUCCAGUAGCAGCAGGCUGUCCAGCUGUGAGGAUGGUGGAGCUCUGUUCAAUCGGAUGCUUUUUGCUCUGUUACCAUGGAAGCCUUUAUCAGUUACUCUGUUACAGUGGAGACUGUCUUCAGAUGAACUUUGAUGUAAAUUUUGUAUCUGUAGAUCUGGUCCACCUCACCUGUCAGUCAGUCGGCUCAGCCUACGAGGACCUGUUGCCAGUGGUAACCAGGUUGUUCCACACACCCGAGUCACAUGACCAAGAGUACCGCCCGUCUGUCCUCUGGUGUCUGUACUUCAACAUGGCCGAUGGCUCUGAAGGACGAGUCGAAGACUACGACCUCCCAUCUAAUGUUUAUGUGUGCUUCGGACCAGACGGAGGUCUGGGACAUGACCCUGCCAUCAGACAGGCGGAGUCGAUCUUCCAGAAGAUUCUUCCCGAGGAAGAGUUCUGUCCUCCUGCUCCAAACCCUGAAGACAUCAUCUACGACGGAGACAACUCCUCCUCCUGCAUCACAGAGGGUGAGGAGGAGGAGAUGAUUGCGAUGGCUGAUGACCAGUGCCCUCAGCCUGAGGAGUAAUAUGGGAACAUUUCAUCUGCAAAACUCAAAGUCAAACCCUCCUCCUGAGUGUGGGUUACAGUUGUCUUUUUCUGGUUUAAACUGCUGAUUUUUUUAUGAUGUAUUUCUGCUUUCUGCCUUAAAUAUGUCACAAGUAUCACUAAGUGUUGUGUCUUAAUUAAAUAUUGAAGCUGGAA